AUGGACACUCUGAAGCCACCCUGUCCCUCGAGGAACCGGGGUUGAGGGAAAAGCAACAGGGACUCGUGGGCCAGGAAGAACUCGGAGCCAGAGCCCCAUUCACUGGAAGCGCCAAGAAAUGCAGCCCCUGCACAGGGUCUGACUUUCCUGCUGCUAUUCACAAAGAUGCUUUUUAUUUUUAAUUUUUUGUUUUCCCCACUUCCAACCCCGGCACUGAUCUGCAUUCUGACAUUUGGAGCUGCCAUCUUCCUCUGGCUGAUCAACAGACCUCCUCCAAGUUUACCUCUCAUUGACCUGAACCAUCAGUCUGUGGAAACUGAGGGAAGAGCACGGAAAAGUGUUUCCCAGACAGAUGGCUUCCUAUGUUACUACUUCCCAGAUGCCAAGACGAUGUAUGAAAGUUUCCAAAGAGGACUUGCUGUGUCAGGCAAUGGGCCCUGCCUGGGAUAUAGAAAACCAAACCAGCCCUACAGAUGGCUGUCCUACAAACAGGUGUCUGAUCGAGCAGAGUACCUAGGCUCUUGUCUCUUGCAUAAAGGACAUAAGCCAUCACCGGACCAAUUUGUUGGCAUUUUUGCUCAGAAUAGGCCAGAGUGGAGCAUCUCUGAGUUGGCUUGUUACACAUACUCCAUGGUAGCCGUUCCCCUGUAUGACACCUUGGGAGAAGAAGCCAUCAUAUAUAUUGUAAACAAGGCUGAUAUUGCCACAAUAAUCUGUGAUAAGCCUGAAAAGGCAUCGCUCCUGAUAGAAAAUGUGGAGAAGGGCCUUACCCCAGGCCUGAAGUUGGUCAUCCUCAUGGACCCCUUUGAUGAUGACCUACAGCAAAGAGGAAAGAAGUGUGGAAUUGAGAUCUUAUCCCUGUUUGAUGCUGAGAAUCUAGGCAGAGAGAACUGCAGAAACCCUGUGCCUCCCAACCCAGACGACCUCAGCAUCAUCUGCUUUACCAGCGGCACUACAGGCGACCCCAAAGGAGCCAUGCUAACCCAUCAAAAUGUUGUUUCAAACGCUGCUGCUUUUCUCAGAUGUGUGGAGCAUAUUUUUCAACCCACCCCUGACGACGUGAGCAUAUCCUACCUCCCGUUGGCUCAUAUGUUUGAGAGGGUUGUACAUACUGUUGUGUACUCCUGUGGAGCCAAAGUUGGGUUCUUCCAAGGAGAUAUUCGCUUGCUGCCUGAUGACAUGAAGACUCUGCAGCCCACAGUGUUCCCCACAGUGCCUCGGCUCCUCAACAGGGUCUACGACAAGGUACAAAAUGAAGCCAAGACACCCUUGAAGAAGUUCUUGUUGAACUGGGCUGUUAACAGUAAAUUUAAGGAAGUGAAAAAGGGUAUUAUCAGGCGUAACAGUUUCUGGGACAAGAUCAUCUUUGCAAAGAUCCAGGCCAGCCUGGGUGGGAAGGUUCGCUUCGUGGUCACUGGAGCUGCCCCCAUCUCCAGUCAAGUCAUGACGUUCCUUCGGGCAACAAUGGGAUGUCCGGUGUAUGAAGCAUAUGGUCAAACAGAAUGCACAGCUGGCUGUACAUUUACAUCACCUGGGGACUGGACAUCAGGCCAUGUUGGAGCCCCCUUGUCUUGCAAUUAUGUGAAGCUAGAAGAUGUGGUUGACAUGAACUACUUUUCAGCAAACAAUGAAGGAGAGAUCUGCAUCAAGGGCACCAAUGUGUUCAAAGGAUACUUGAAGGACCCCGAGAAGACACAGGAAGCCCUGGACAAGGAUGGCUGGCUUCACACAGGAGACAUUGGUCAAUGGCUCCCGAAUGGAACUCUGAAGAUCAUUGACCGUAAAAAGAACAUUUUCAAGCUGGCCCAAGGAGAAUACAUUGCUCCAGAGAAGAUAGAAAAUAUCUACAUCAGGAGUAGACCAGUGUUACAAGUUUUUGUACACGGGGAAAGCUUACAGUCAUCCUUAGUGGGCGUGGUGAUUCCUGACCCAGAUGUGCUUCCCUCAUUUGCAAACAAGCUUGGGGUUAAGGGCACCCUUGAAGAACUUUGUCAAAGCCAAGUCAUAAAGGGAGCCAUUUUAGAAGACUUGCAGAAUGUCGGGAAACAAAGUGGCCUUAAAUCUUUUGAACAGGUCAAAAACAUUGUUCUUCACCCAGAGCCAUUUUCCAUUGAAAAUGGGCUCUUGACACCAACAUUGAAAGCAAAGCGUGGAGAGCUUUCCAGACGCUUUCGGACCCAAAUUGACAGCCUGUAUAAGAAUAUCCAGGAAUAGGUUAAGUUUGCUGCUGAGCUGGAAGCUGUGCGGGAAGGAGUUGAAACAUAUGUCCAGUGAACUUUUCCAGUAAAUGAAGCAAGCACUGAAUAAAAACCUCCUGCACUGGGAACAAGGAUCCACGGGCAAGCAUAACACCCACACAACAGGCUUAUCUUCUGUGAAGGAACCAACUGAUCUUUGCCCCCUGGACUCCAGUUCCUGCUGUACUUUACCCCCAGAU